AAAAAGGCAAAAUGGGAACACCAGGUACACAUGGUUGGCCUGGAAUGAAAGGUAAAAUGGGAGAAAUGGGAUUACCAGGAGCACCUGGAAAACAUGGUUGGCCUGGUGGUCCCGGUAAAAAAGGAGAAAUGGGAGACAAAGGAUUACCUGGACAUAAUGGUAUUCCAGGAAUGAAUGGGAUGAAAGGCAAACCUGGCAUGCCUGGUAUAGACGGGAAACCAGGUAUACCAGGAUAUAAUGGCAAACCUGGUAAGAAAGGAGCGAUGGGAGAUCCUGGAAUUAGAGGUCCAAUGGGAUAUCCAGGAGUUAAAGGUGGACCAGGUAACAAGGGACCAGUAGGAUGGCCGGGUCCAAAAGGGCCACCUGGUAUGAAAGGGAAACCGGGUGAUCCCGGAAGAGACGGAUAUCCAGGACUACCAGGAAAGAAAGGAAUGGAUGGCGCUGAUGGAAAACCUGGUGGUAAAGGACCAGUCGGGUGGCCUGGACCUAAAGGACCACCAGGCAUGCCGGGAAAACCGGGCAAGGACGGAUAUGUCCAUGUUGUAUUUGAUAACUAUGGUAGCAAAUAUAAGCUUGGACCUUCACAAAAAGCAGCUAUAAAACAGGAGCUGUCCUCAUCACAUCAGCUGUCUUCAUCCUGGUCAGCCUGGUCAGCCUGGUCAUCGUAGUAUCAAUAGACUAUCAACGAUAUACAAUUCAUAGAAAAUUUGAGACUUUUUACCUAUUGUGUAGAUUCAUGACAUCUUCUGUGAAGUAAUAAUAAAUAGAAAAUUAUUAUUUUA